AGUAAAUGUAAACAUUUCACAUAUUUUUGGAGUUUGGAGUAAAUUAAAUUAGUUUUCGUCUUUGGACUUUUUUGAAUUUGUUUUUAUGUAUAGUAUUAUAAAUAUAAAAAGGUCUCAGUAAUGUUAUUAGUUUUUACACUAAACUAACAUUACUUGUUCUAUUCCUAAAAAAAUGUCCCCUGAUGUGCACUCAAUUUUAUGCAAAAAGGAAAAUGCUCAUGAAGAACCUAUAUACAGCUGUGCAUGGUCCAGAAUAAAACCAACAGGUGACACCAAAGAAACAACAAAAGACUUUGUGGUGACAGGAGGCCUAGAUGGCAUUGUAAAGGUUUGGCAUGAUCACAGUAACCAGCUUAAAUUAGUUCAUGAACUACAAGGGCACUGUAUGGCUGUCAUAUCUAUCGCUAUAAGCCCUGAUGGACAUACCAUAGCAACAACAUCUUUAGAUUCAACUAUGAUAAUAUGGGAGUUGACAUCAGGAAAUAAUGUUCAUGAAAUACACAGUGAAGAGACAGAUAUGUGGCAGGUAUCAUUCUCUCCAGAUGGAACACAUAUUGUUACUGGCAGUCACAAUGGAAGGUUGACUAUUUACAACAUUGAAACAAAGCAAGCAAAACGAACAUUUGACACUAGGGGACUAUCCGUUUUAUGUGUUGCCUGGAGUAAUGAUGACAAACAUAUAGCAUGUGGCUCGGUGGAUGGCAAUGUCUGUAUAUUCAAAGUGAGUCAAGGCAAGCUACUGCAUACUGUAGAGGCUCACAUGGAAACUGUAAGGAGUGUAUGCUUCUCACCGAACUCUCAGCUCUUGGUCACUGCGUCUAAUGACGGUUUUGUGAAGCUUUUUGAUGUGGCAAGUGCGAAUGAGCUAUGCAAAAUGGAUCUUACAACGUGGGUGUUAAGUGCGAGAUUCACACCGGACGGCGGACGAAUAGCCGCCGCCGCAGCGAACGGCUCAGUGACAAUUAUUCUUCUCGAAAGUUUCAAAGCUUUAUAUACAUUUAAAGAACACACUGAUAUUGUUUGGGAUGCCCAUUUCAAUGCAGGAGGCAAUAAACUGGUGUCCGUAUCGAAAGAUAAGGCAAUUAUUGUAUAUAAAAGUCCAAGACCUCAGAAACCAGCUAAAUAAAAUGACUUAUUAUUUUA